UAUCAAAAUUACUGAAUAAAAAUGAUUUGCGAAUUUAACGAAAAGGAAGCAAUAACAAUAUUUGGAGCCACAAUAGAAGUUUUAAAAUGUUAAGGAAGCAUUGUUUUGCUCCUCGAUUGUCAUGGCAACAAUAUUGAUCCCCAUGGAACUUAUUUCAAUGGACUAGUAAUUGAACUUGUGAUAUGCAGUAGAGUGGAAAAACGAUUAAUUUUACACGUUAUCUUUAUUUAGAAAAGAUGUGGCAAGACAGUGAAGUUAGAUUCGACAUUAAUUCUGUGCAAAUGCAAAUGCGGCUUGGAGAAUUGCUUAUGGAUAAACUCGACAUGAUAGAGGAUUCGAAAGGAAAUAGUGGUGACACUGGUCGUCUUUUAAUAACAAAUCUUAGAAUUGUUUGGCAUUCUAUGCUGUUGCCACGGAUUAACUUGAGUAUUGGAUACAACACCAUCGUAACAGCAAAUUCGAAAAAUAUACACGGAAAUAAUACACACGCCUUACAUAUUCUGUGUUCAUAUCGGAAUUGUCGGUAUGAGUUUAUAUUUACUAAUCAAAUACCAAAAAGUUCACGCAAUUUUACAUCUCUAUUAGGAGUUUACAAAGCAUAUUUGUCAUCAAAAGUUUAUAGAGAGGUCAAACUUAGAAGUGGCAUUAUUCACGAAAGCCGAUUAAGUGUGCUCAAUAAUGAGAAAGUUCAUUCAACACUACCAGGAGUUUGGAAUUUAUCUACCGAACAGGGAACUGUCGGAACAUUUAUCGUAACAAAUUUGAGGCUCGUAUGGUUUGCCGACAUGAAUAAUCAGUUCAAUGUAUCCUUACCGUAUCUUACAAUUACUAAUGUUAGCAUUAGGUCUUCAAAAUUCGGACCAACGUUAGUCGUAUUAAUUUCGGAAGCUCAUGGAUCGCUUAUUUUGGGUUUUCGAAUAGAUCCUAUGCAAAAAUUGUACAUCCUUCAUAAAGAAAUCACAUCUCUUCUUGCCGCACACGAAAAAUGUCCUAUAUUUGGAGUGGAAUACAAAAACGAACGUCAGGUAGAAGCUCCGCCUGAAUUCGACGUAGAAGGUUUUACUGAAAUUCAAGAAAACGAAAACGAAAUCUCUAAUGUUAUCGGUCUGUAUUUUUCUGAAGGCGGAACGACCCAGAGAAAGCCCGUUUUAUGUAAUUACUUAGGACUUGCAGCAGAAGAGCCACGAAAGGGAAGCUCGUUGCAAACACUUUGGGAAUUGUUACCAACGGCCUGAAUAUCUUAUUAAAUGGAUUUAUU